AUGGCGCCCCUCAACGGUGAUGUCGAGAAUGGCGACGUCGAGAAGAGCCAGAGACCUCUGGACAUCCAGGCCAAUGACGACGACAUGGGCGAGUAUGGCAACCUCGUCAAGUACAUCUCCAACUACCGCGACGGGCGCAGAGCGUCAAUUGGCGGCGGCUCGUCCCUGGCCGACAUGGACGACAAGCCCAAGAAAUGGUAUCAGUUCGGCAAGAAGAAGGGCAUGGGUAGCGACGGCACCUUCGACACUCCCGAGGAGUGGCUCCAAACAGACUGGAAGAAGGGCCUCGCGACCACCGAGGCCGACUCGAGACGAAAGAAGACCGGCUGGAACGAGUUGACCACCGAGAAGGAAAAUCUGUUUCUUAAGUUCUUGUCUUACUUCACCGGCCCUAUCCUCUACGUUAUGGAGCUUGCUGUCCUCCUCGCGGCUGGUCUGCGUGACUGGAUUGAUUUCGGUGUGAUUAUCGCUAUUCUUAUGCUCAACGCCAUCGUCGGUUGGUACCAAGAAAAACAAGCCGCAGACGUCGUCGCCAGUUUGAAGGGCGACAUCGCCAUGCGAACCACGGUUAUCCGAGAUGGUCAAGAACAAGAACUCAAGGCCCGCGAAUUGGUCCCUGGUGACAUUAUCAUUAUCGAAGACGGACAAGUGGUCCCGGCCGACGCCAGAAUUAUCUCUGCUUAUGACAACCCCAAUGGCUGGGCAGAGUUCCAAAAGGAGCUUGAACGCCAGGCUGGCGAAGAAGUCGAUCACAAGGGAGAAGACGAGGACGACAUCGGAGAGAAGCACGGCUCUGGCUAUGCCCUCCUCGCCAUCGAUCAAUCUGCCAUGACUGGAGAGUCCCUCGCUGUCGACAAGUACGUCGCUGAUGUUAUCUACUACACUACUGGCUGCAAGCGUGGAAAGGCUUAUGCCAUCGUCACACACUCCGCGAAGAUGUCCUUCGUCGGACGCACUGCCUCCCUGGUUUCCGGAGCUAAAGAUCAAGGCCAUUUCAAGGCUAUCAUGAACUCCAUCGGCACGUCUCUCUUGGUCCUGGUCGUGGGCUGGAUUCUCGCAGCAUGGAUUGGAGGCUUCUUCCACCACCUCAAGCUCGCAACCCCCGAGAAAAGCUCCAACAACCUGCUCCAUUUCGCCCUUAUCCUCCUGAUCGUGGGUGUGCCUGUCGGUCUGCCAGUCGUCACCACGACUACGCUGGCCGUCGGAGCAGCUUAUCUCGCUAAGGAAAAGGCGAUCGUGCAGAAACUUACCGCCAUAGAAUCUCUCGCUGGUGUCGACGUCCUUUGCUCUGACAAAACCGGUACGCUCACAGCCAAUCAGCUGUCCAUCCGCGAGCCCUUCGUCGCCGAGGGCAUCGAUGUCAACUGGAUGAUGGCCGUUGCGGCUCUCGCCUCCUCGCACAACGUCAAGUCCCUCGAUCCCAUCGACAAGGUCACGAUUCUCACCCUCAAGAGAUACCCACGCGCAAAGGAGAUCCUCGCACAAGGCUGGACCACCCAGAAGUUCACUCCUUUCGACCCCGUCUCCAAGCGUAUCACUGCGGUUUGUAUGAAGGAUGGCGUUACGUUCACCUGCGCCAAGGGUGCUCCCAAGGCUAUCUUGAACCUCACCAGCUGCUCCAAGGAAGAUGCCGAUAUGUACAAGGCAAAGACGACCGAGUUUGCUCGCCGUGGUUUCCGUUCUCUCGGUGUUGCUGUCAAGGAGGGUGAGGGAGACUGGCAAUUGCUCGGCAUGUUGCCCAUGUUCGACCCUCCCCGUGAGGAUACCGCAUCCACCAUCGCCGAAGCCCAGGUCCUCGGUCUCUCUGUCAAGAUGUUGACUGGCGACGCUAUCGCUAUUGCCAAGGAAACUUGCAAGAUGCUUGCUCUCGGCACCAAGGUCUACAACUCUGAGCGUCUCAUCCACGGUGGUCUCUCUGGAACUACUCAACACGAUCUCGUCGAGAAGGCUGAUGGUUUCGCUGAAGUCUUCCCCGAGCACAAGUACCAGGUCGUCGAGAUGUUGCAACAACGUGGCCAUUUGACCGCCAUGACUGGUGACGGUGUGAACGACGCUCCCUCCUUGAAGAAGUCUGACUGCGGUAUUGCCGUCGAAGGUGCUACCGAAGCCGCCCAAGCCGCCGCUGAUAUUGUCUUCCUCGCCCCCGGUCUUUCCACCAUCGUCUCGGCCAUCAAGAUCGCCCGUCAAAUUUUCCAGCGUAUGAAGGCAUAUAUCCAAUACCGUAUCGCCCUGUGCUUGCACUUGGAAAUCUAUCUCGUCACCUCCAUGAUCAUCAUCAACGAGACCAUCCGUGUCGAGCUGAUUGUAUUCCUCGCCCUGUUCGCUGAUUUGGCCACCAUCGCCGUCGCCUACGACAACGCACACUUCGAGCAACGCCCCGUCGAAUGGCAACUCCCCAAGAUCUGGAUCAUCUCCGUCAUCCUCGGCAUACUCCUCGCCCUCGGCACCUGGGUCAUCCGCGGCGCCAUGUUCCUCCCCAACGGCGGCAUCAUCGAGAACUUCGGCUCCAUCCAAGGCAUACUCUUCCUCGAAGUCUCCUUGACUGAAAACUGGCUCAUCUUCGUCACCCGCGGCGGCAACACCUGGCCCUCAUGGCAGCUUGUCGGCGCCAUCCUCGGUGUGGACGUCAUCUCAACGCUGUUCUGCGUCUUCGGCUGGCUGGCCGGCGAUGCAGGGGAACCCUCAGACCCUGUCACCAAGAACGUCAACCUUUCCCCGAACGGCCACACCAGCAUCGUCACCGUCUUGAUCGUCUGGGGCUUCUCCAUCGGUGUCACGAUCGUCAUCGCUAUCGUCUACUACCUGCUCAGCUCCCUGUCGUGGCUCGACAACCUCGGCCGAGCCAAGCGCUCCCACGCCGACACCCAGAUGGAGAACAUCCUCAUGCACUUGUCCAAGGUUGCAGUUGCGCACGAGAGAGACGAGCAUGGAGGCGACAGGUGGCAUCUUACCCCCAAGGCCACCGAAGCCGAGGAGGACGACUAG